UUUCUCAUUCAGGUUUAACAAUAUGUCUGACAAAAUGGGGAAUGAAGAGCAGAGAAGCAGCCCUGUGGAAAAAAAAUGGGUCCAGUUUGAUGAAAACAAUGAACUUAAACCGUCCAACCAUACAGAGAAUCCUCCUGCUGCAUCGACAAUGUCAAAUUAUAAUGGAGCAGUCAUCGACACAGAGACUGUCCAGAUUGACAUUGAUAAAUUAAAACAGUUAGCCCAACUAAAAGUACCUGAAGGAGAUGUUCAAGGCGAAGAUUUACAAAAAACCGUUAACCCAACAAUGAGAAAUAUUAAUCUUGAUGAUCUUGAUGGUGCUGAAAACAAUUUGGCUGCUAUGGUGGAUCCUUCAAUUCAAAGAGGUUUUUCUAAUGGGGAUGUUAUAGUGACUGUGUUGCCUGUCAAUCAAAAGUGGCCUUGGAUUACACCUGCUGAAUUUCGUCCAGAACUUGUACCUGAAGAACUUAUGGCAGAAGGACUUAGUUUGACAGUGGAAGAUUAUGUCCAAAUCAUGGAGACCUUAGUACAUGAUGUUCGCUUCACAGCAUACAAUUUGUGCUACAAAAGAUUAUUGAUGGCUUGGCUCUUGGCCUCAUUUAUUGUUUUACUUGGUCUACUCUUCUCGGGUGCUAAAGGCAUCACUCUCUUUGGAUGCGGAGUGAUCUGGUUGAUCAUAAAUGCCGGAGCUAUAUUUGUUUGCAUGUGGAUGAAAAACAAAAUGAACCACGGGCUAGAAAAAGCGGUUGCUAAGGCGAAUCAAACAUUAACGCGUCACCGCAUUAUUCUGGGUGUCGACGAUCGAGGAAAGCUUUCCUGUCACAAAACCCAUUUGUGCUUCAUUUAUUUUGAUACAACGGACUGUGUGAGAAAGCUACAAGCAUUGCUGGAUGCGGAAGGUCAUGCAAAUCGAACAGAGACCAAUGCUGAAGAUUUACAACGCCAAAGACAGAUGCGCCAGCGAAUGGACAUUGACGAUACGGACAUUGUAGUGGCUGGCGCCAACCCCAUUCGCAUAUCGCGAAAACAAGCAAGGGCGGGCAUAUUGCUUCUUCGUUACAGCCAGCGGUGGGCUAAAGGAUUGGCUCGAGGAAGUCUCGACUUGCAACUGCUCGCUGCAAUCAAUGCCUACAAUGCCACAGGUCCAUCAGCUGGUGGUGGUGGUGGUGGUAAUCAAUCCUCUGGUACGUCAAAUGGUCUCCCUGUUUCCUCUCCAGUACCGCCCACACCACUUCACUGUGCUACGUCUCAGUGUCCGUGUCAGUACAUACAGAAUCACCUUUACAACAAGGCGAACCCUGCCCCAAAUAUAUGCUGGAAAAUGCCCAAUUUUGGAUUCCACUGAUUUGUUAUUAAAAAAAACGGCACCACGUUUGUUUGAAAUCAGGGACUGAGCUGUUCGGCAGUAGGACAUGUGUCCUUUAUUAACAAACAAAACCCUAUUGAAUAUCCUUCUGACGUGUUAAUUCAAACUAAAAAAAAGAAAAAGAAAAA